AUAUGCAAGCGCUGAAACUUCUUGUCUUAGGUCCUGUCGGGGUUGGAAAAACUACGAUAUCAAAUUUUCUCGCCGAAGCGACCGAAAUUCCUUACGAAUAUGAUCCAACACAAGGCGUACGAAUAUUAGAAUUUGAGGCAAAAAAUAUCACCGUCAAAAAUAAAGUUCACAAGGCUGAUAUUGAAUUAUGGGACUGUAGUGGUGACUCUAAGUUCAAAAAUUGUUGGCCAGCAAUGAAAAAAGAUGUAAAAGGCGUUAUAUUUGUCCAUGGUCCAAAAUCACAAGAUAAAUCUCGUGAAAUGGAACAGUUUUACGAAUAUUUCGUCAAUCAAACCAAACUUGGACCUAAAAGUUGUCUUCUCUUGUACUAUGACCCAGAAAAUAGUUCUGAAAUGCCGAAAAAAUUGUGGCCAAAUUUUGCAAAGAUGUCUCAAAUAAGUUGCAACCUGGAAGAAGAUGGAAACAAACUAAAAAUUGAUUUUCAAGCUUACAUUAGCGCACUUCUCACAAAAUUGCAAGAAACUACUGACCAAGAAGAAAUAAACAUUGUCAACAGUAUUCUUACGUAAUAAAAAUUUAUAAAUAUUCGUAAGAUAAAAAA